GCACUUCGUUGCCACCGUCACGAGUCGCUCGCAAACGUUCAUGGAGCAAAGAGUUGACUUCUUCUACCCACACCUCCGAAAUGGUCGUGCUCGACGAAUCCGAAGACGCAAGAGAUCCGAAACCGGGGAAGAUCCCGGAGAAGAUCAGAGCCGCCGAAGACGACAACUCAAAGCUUUGUCUUAAGGUGACUUCCUCUAGAAAGUUGACUCUUGAGGCUAUCUCUCCUCCUCGUCUAGAAAGUUCUUAAUUUUUGACAAGAAAGUCCUCAUUCUUUCUGUUCGGGCUACAGCCUCUCUUCCUCUAGAAAGUUCUUGAUUGACAAGAAAGCCUUCAUUUUUUAUUGUCUUACGGCUCCAACUUCUACAACUUAAUCUAUAUUAUUAAUCUAUAUUCUUAAUCUAUAUUAUUAAUCUAUAUUAUUAAUCUAUAUUAUUAAUCUAUGUGAUUAAUCUAUACGCUAAUCAAUGUCGAUCUACAGUUAGUGCCGUUUUUCAACUCUAAUUCUCGGAGAAACGGCGAGCAAACUUUCUGCGAGCAGUAUCCUUGCGUGCUGUCAUUCGCUACAUUUGCCUCAUGGCUGACAUGGACGUAUCGGCAGCGUUCCGACCUCCCGAUCAAGGCUUCAUAGUUUACUAACAACGAAAGGAUCCUACGUGCUGGUGAAGGCUUCAUAGUUUUUUAGUAGUACUUGGCUGAUUUUCUUCUUUUUCUAUGAAGGGCACCGACCACUGAAAUAUAAAACACAAUAAACAGCGGCUGUCUUCGUUAGAAAUAUCAAAAACAGGAAAAUAUGAUCGAAACAAGGCAUGUCAGAAAAUAUUGACUUAUCAAAAAGGAGUUGACUAGUAAUAAUAAAGUAGCUCGACGUGAUAGUUGUGUUCUAGAAAAACGAAGAUGCAGGCAAAAGCA